GUCUCUCUGUCUAGUGUUGUCUUAGGUCUCUCUGUCUAGUGUUGUCUUAGGUCUCUAUGUCUAGUGUUGUCUUAGGUCUCUCUGUCUAGUGUUGUCUUAGGUCUCUCUGUCUAGUGUUGUCUUAGGUCUCUCUGUCUAGUGUUGUCUUAGGUCUCUAUGUCUAGUGUUGUCUUAGGUCUCUCUGUCUAGUGUUGUCUUAGGUCUCUCUGUCUAGUGUUGUCUUAGGUCUCUCUGUCUAGUGUUGUCUUAGGUCUCUCUGUCUAGUGUUGUCUUAGGUCUCUGUCUAGUGUUGUCUUAGGUCUCUGUCUAGUGUUGUCUUAGGUCUCUGUCUAGUGUUGUCUUAGGUCUCUGUCUAGUGUUGUCUUAGGUCUCUGUCUAGUGUUGUCUUAGGUCUCUGUCUAGUGUUGUCUUAGGUCUCUGUCUAGUGUUGUCUUAGGUCUCUAUGUCUAGUGUUGUCUUAGGUCUCCCAGGUGGACAGUAGUCAUGACUUCCUGUGUUAUCUGUCCAGGUGGACGGUAGUCAUGACUUCCUGUGUUAUCUAUCCAGGUGGACGGUAGUCAUGACUUCCUGUGUUAUCUAUCCAGGUGGACAGUAAGGGAGUUGUGAAGCAGUACCUUCCCAGACACGGUCAGACGAUGCUGGACAAGCUGAACCAGCAGCGCCUCAACAACCAGUUCUGUGACAUCACGCUGCUGAUCGAGGGGGAGGAGCACAGGGCCCACAAGGCUGUGCUGGCCGCCUGCAGCGACUACUUCAACGAGCUGUUUAUAGAGAAGGGAGCUGUGUCCAGUCACGAAGCGGUGGUCGACCUAUCAGGUUUCAGCAAGGUCAGUUUCCUCCCCCUGCUAGAGUUUGCAUACACCUCCAACCUCUGCUUCAACUUCUGUGUGAUGGCCGACGUUGCCACGCUGGCCCGACACCUCCUGAUGGCCGAGGUCCUUCAGAUCUGUGAGUCCGUCCACAAGAAGGUGGAGGAGCAGAAGCUGAUGGUCUACCAGCAAGGAGACAUCCACACGGUGGUGUCCAGCCAGCCUGCACCCCAACAGGCCCCGAAUGAAGACCCUGGGGCCUACAUUAUGACCAUCGGCAGCGACGGCCAUGCCGUGGUGACUCAUACUGGGCUAGCUGGAGCAGGGGAGGACCUGGACUCCCUGGCUGACACGGCAAACACAACAGAGUCCUUCAGAGGGGAUCUGACGUCUGUAGUCAACCAGGCUCUGGGAGGUGAACCAGAGACUAUGACCGUGGUUGGGGAGGCAGGGUCAGAGACGGUGACUCUAGUCACCCACAGUAGCCAGGCCCGGGUAGGCGAGUCGGUCACCCUCUUCUCCCCUACUGGAGAGCCCGAGACCAUGACGGUCGUGACCCACAGCGGCCAGGCCCGGGUAGGCGAGUCGGUCACCCUCUUCUCCCCUACUGGAGAGACCGAGACCAUGACGGUGGUCACCCACAGCGGCCAGGCCGGAGCCAAUGAGUCCCUGGCCGUGGUGUCAGCCUGUCUGGCCCUGGAGCAACAGCAGCAUGAUGAAGGGGACGAGGGGGACUCCCUCUCCAUGGAGCCGGGGGCCUUCCUCAUCAGCGUGGACCCAGGGAAGGUGGCCCCUACUGAGGUGGUCCAUCUGGCUGUAGAGCCACCUGUAGUCCAGGUGGAUCCAGCACCCCAGGAGGAGGAGACGUCGGCGCACCAGACUGUCGAUCCAGCACCCCAGGAGGAGGAGAGGUCGGCACCCCAGGCCGAGCCCCCCGCUGCUCCCCAACCCCCCAAGAGGAAGAGAGGACGUCCUGCCAAAGUGAAGCAUGAGGUGAUCGAGGAGCCAGAGUCUCCUGUCGAGGAGGAGGUGGUGGAGGUGCCAGAGCCGGUCUCUACUCUUGCAGAGGAGGUUCAGAGGACCCAUGACCCCUAUAAGAGACGCCUACGACAGCGCUCCAUGGGGGAGGGGGGGUAUGUCAGGCUACACAUGGGGCUGGAGGAGGACAAGGAGGACAAGAAGGGAGCCCAGACCCCACAGCGCCCCAGCACCCCCAAGAAGAGGGGUAGACCCGCCAAGAGGCACGUUGAAGAGAUGGAAGCUGCUGUGGCCGGUAUGGAGAACGUCGUCCAGACAGAGACUGAGGGCGUCCAAUCACCAGACGGCAUUCUAUAUGGAGCACCUAUCACAGAGCAGCCCGUGGGGCCAGAGCCGGGUCAAGGCCCCGCGCAGCCAGAUGGAGGGAGUGAGGUGGAGGGAGAACACGCCUGUUCAGAGUGUGGACUGUCGUUUCACAGGCGCUAUGCGCUCAUCAUGCACACGCUCAAACACGAGAAGACCCGAGGAUACAAGUGUACUUUAUGUAACAAGGAGUUUCAGUACGCGGCCUCUCUGAGGGCCCAUCUGGCCAGACACAAGCACCAGAAGAGUCAGAGGCCGACCCUGGUCAGGGUCCCCCAGCCCCACGGCGAGGAGGGCCUCGAGGUGGACGGCAGGACCAAGGGACGCACCAAGAGAGAGUUUGUCUGUGACAUCUGUGGAAAGACUCUUCCUAAGCUGUACUCUCUCAGGAUCCACAUGCUGAACCACACUGGGGUACGGCCCCACUCCUGCAGGGUCUGUGGGAAGACCUUCGCUCAUAAACACAGCCUGAAGAUGCACAGAGCUCUACAUGACGCUGCUAAACAGUUUCACUGUCUGCUCUGUGACAAGUCCUUCGUUAGUAAGAGAAGUCUGGAGGAACACACCAGUAUUCACACAGGUGAAUCUAAGUAUCUCUGUACCCAGUGUGGAAGGUCCUUCCACCGAGCCUCGGGUCUGAGUAAACACAUUAAGAGACACCAGCCCAGACCUGAAGUACGAGGAUUCCCCUGCAAUCACUGUGAUAAGAGUUUCUUUGAGGCCAAAGACCUGCAGCAGCACAUGAACAAACACCUGGGACUCAAGCCUUUUCAGUGUCAGGUAUGUGGGAAGUGUUACAGUUGGAAGAAGGACUGGUAUUCCCAUGUGAAGUCCCACAGUGUGGCAGAGCCUUACAAGUGUAACGUCUGUGGUAAGGAGUUCUUUGAGAAGGCCCUGUUCAGGAGACACGUGAAGAAGGCCACGCACGGCAAGAAGGGCCGAGUCAAGCAGAACCUGGAGAGAGAGUGUGAACACUGUGGCAGGAAGUUCACCCAGCUCAGAGAGUACAGACGACACAUGAACAACCACCAGGGAGUCAAACCCUUUGAGUGACAGACCAGAG